AUGGCUGCUGCUGAGGUUGUGCUUCUGCCACUUCCAGUCCUGCCAGAGGGCUGGAGCGCCGAGAAAAACUUGAAAAUUGUUGGUUCAUUGUCCAGCGCAAUUCAGAGGAAUGUUGAGCCUGUUGGACCGCACUUUUUGGCUCAUGCCCGUAGAAAGCGCCAUCAACGCACAUUCUCCGAGGAUGACAGAAUCCAGGCACAGGAAAAUGUCAAGAAGAUCGAAGAAGACGAAGUCGAUGAAAUCAGCGAGCCGGAAGAUCCUAUCAUGCUUCAACGGGACGCGAAGGACUGGAAGGGCCAAGAUCACUACGCAGUGCUCGGACUGAGCAAAUACCGCUAUCGUGCAACAGAUGAGCAGAUCAAACGCGCUCACCGGAAGAAGGUUCUCCGUCAUCAUCCAGACAAGAAGGCUGCCUCGGGCGAUGCGGACGAGAACGACAGCUUCUUCAAGUGCAUCCAAAAAGCCACCGAGAUCUUGCUCGACCCCGUUCGGCGCCGGCAGUUUGACUCAGUCGAUGAGCUUGCCAAUGUGGCCCCACCAGGUAAAAAGAAGGGGAAUUUUUUCAAGCUAUGGUCCCCCGUCUUCGAAGCGGAAGCUCGAUUCUCUAAAAUCCAACCGGUCCCCAAGCUGGGGGAUGAGAACAGCACGAAGGAAGAGGUGGAGGAAUUCUACAAUUUCUGGUACAACUUUGACAGCUGGAGAUCGUUCGAGUAUGAGGACGAGGAUGUCCCCGACGACAACGAAAACCGUGACCACAAACGCCAUAUCGAACGGAAGAACGCCAAUGCGCGACGGAAGAAGAAGACAGAGGACACUGCUCGUCUGCGCAGACUUGUAGACGACGCCCUUGCAGCCGAUGAGCGGAUCAAGAAGUUCCGCAAGGCGGAGCGGGCCAACAAAGACAAGCGCAGGAUCGAGAAGGAGGCUGAGGCGAAGCGUCUUGCUGAGGAGAAGGAGAAGGCCCGUCUGGAAGAAGAACGCUUGAAGAAGGAGGCGGAUGAGGCUGCUAAAGUCGAAAAGCUCGAAGGCAAGAAGGCCAAGGAGGCUGCGAAGAAUGCGGCGAAGAAAAACAAGCGUGUGCUGAAGGGCAGCGUCAAGGAUGUGAACUAUUUUGCCAGAGGGGGAGAUGCUUCUGCGGCCCAGGUCGACGGCGUCUUGAACGACGUCGAUCUCAUCAUCAGCAAGAUCAGCAAUGAGGAGCUUGCUGAGCUUGCUGCGAAGCUUGCGGCUGCUGGCAAGGAUGCUGCUGCUGUCAAGUCAACGUAUGGGCAUGUCGUCAAGGGUCUUGUUGGUGCUGGGAAGCUGAAGGAGGGCGAAACGAAGUUCCUCACUGUAUAA